AUAUAUGUGACUACAUACAUAUUCAUAAAUAUGUGAAAUGGAAAGUUUUCGGCUGUUUCUCGACGCGGUUUCGCUCUUCGGCCGCCAGGGGUCGCUGUAGUGGAGUGAGUUCCUCUGUUCUGUGAUGUGUAAUGGGUCCAGUACGGUCCAGUCACACAGACCUGCGUCUAGAAGAGCAGGAAAAACUUCAGCAGAGACGUGUCUUCUGAAAACGAGCUUUUCACACUGUUCUCCAGACUCGGAUCAGGAGCGGAGCACUUCUGGAAGCGCGCGAACAUGGACGAUCUAGAUGCAUUGCUUGCGGAUCUUGAGUCUUCCACAGCCCAUAUCUCCAAGUGCCCAGUGUUUCUACCCGAGGAGACGCCAUAUUCCUAUCCCACUGGUGGACACCUUUUCCAGGAUGAAUCUCCUCAUCCGCCCCUGCCCCCUCCUCCCUCAGCUGAGGCCCUGAACGGGUCGCUGUCCCCGCAGCAGGACUCCCAACACUCCUCACAACAGUCUCUGGGCUCUGGUCAUAAAAGCACGUUGUCUCGGGACAGCAGUCCACCAGCCUCGCAUACAGAAGAAGACCACGUUUAUAGUUUUCCUAACAAGCAGAAGCGUUCAGACUCUUCGGCCACAGCUAUGACUUCUGCUCUGGGCAGCAACUUGUCUGAACUGGACCGCCUUCUUCUGGAACUCAAUGCUGUACAGCAAAAUGCCCCAUCUUACUCCACAACAGAAGAUGCUGCACCUCCAUUGCCGCCCUGCAGUGUUGCCCACUAUAUCCAGGAAAAUGGAGCCCACCCAGGCAUCACACUGACACCGGCAGCCCAGGACAAGCCUCAGAGGAAUGGUACGAAGGAGACAGAAGAUGGCCGUUCCACUGUAGAAAGUCUCCUUAAUGAUUUGGAGAGCUCUGUGCCUUCCCAAACGCCAAACCCCUGUGCUCUGACGAGAGAAUUGACGGACGGACAGGUGGACACAGCUUUCGAGCAGCAGGGCAGAAUAUCAGCAACCUCCGCUACACGAGAACUAGAUGAGCUCAUGGCCUGCCUGUCAGAUUUUAAGCCAAGUUCACUGGGUUCCCUGAACUCUGAGUUAAUGUUUGAGCAAACUACUACAGUUGCUGAAAUCCACCCUCCCCCUACAACUGCCGUGUCCAAAUCCCUGUCCCCUAAUUUUACCCAAUAUUAUCCAAGUCUCUCCCCUCUUUCAAACUUUGAACUGCACAUUGUGGAGUAUUCCGGUGAACCGGGGGCUGCACCUCAACCAUCGAGUGUUGUCCCAAAGCCUUACUCUCAACUGUCUCCACCUGUACCAUCCAGUCCUCGUUUUUCUCCAGUACCUGACCUGGGCUUGGAUUCUUCCAUUGAGGUUUCUGCUUCCCUGCUCUCCUCCCAGGUGGAGUCUCUAGUGGUUCUGUCUCAGACUAUAGCCACGACUUCCACAUCUGGAGGUGGGGACAUUUGUAGUAUCAGAGAGAGAAGUCCUUGUGCCAAAUUGCCAAACACUGGGCUGAAGUCCUAUUCACCUAUCAUCAAGUCUCCUAGCCCAACAAGUGCCCCAGCGGUCAGCAGAACCAAUGAAAGAGUUAGUCCAUUGUUGACACCAGCAUCUAUUCAUCUGUAUCUCUGUAGCUCUGAAGCAAAACCUAUGAGUCCAGUGCCAUCUCUUCCCAGAUCUCCUCUUCCUGCAGUCUCUGAAUCACCAUCUCGGUCUCUUCCCAAAGCUGUUUCAACCCCUCUUAUCCUGUCCUCUUCUUCAUCUGUAGUGGUUCCCAAGUCCCCAAGCCCAAAACCAUUACCGGGACAGUCUGAUUCAACUGUUUCUCUCAAACCCCUUCCUCCCACUUGGCUUAAAUCAGCAACCUAUGAGCCAUCUCUUGAUGAUGCCUUGGAUAACCUUCUUGCCAUGAGCUUCAGCAGGCCUGAGAACGAGACUCCAAUCACAGCAUCAACUGCCUCACAGCUUGCUUCAGAAGUUUAUGACGAGACAAUAGUUGCAGCAGAUCGCAGCAACAUUGAUCCUGACACUCACACAGAGAGUGAAGUUGGGGAUGGCCUCUUGGAGGAUCAGUCGGACUGCAGGAGUGAUCUUGACUGGGCUGACAUUGAACUGAAGAUGGCCUAUGAAGGACCUGAUGGCUCCUUGACCCCCAUGACUGAGGCAAGCUUUAUGGAUGACUCCCUCACUCCGUCAUCUUGCCCUGGAACCCCAGAUGCCCAGAUGGACAUUCCCAUGCUCCAUAUGGCUGGCACGAUAGACAGGAUCUCAGCCUCUGGACACAUCAAAUCAGUUAUUAGACGUACCAAGGAGAUUCAAAACGUCCACCCCAUGUACCGAGAUGGCCUGAUACGUGGGAAGAUGGGCCCCCUGAUUUUCCACAAGAGCAACUCCCAGGACCGGCUCAUUGAGGAACUGCAAGGCAAGCUGGGAAUUGCCCAUAAGGAUCGUCCAAAAAAGCAGCAGCCAGAUGAUUGGCUCACAGAAGGCGUCAUUGUCAUGUCCAACCCCAAGCGCUUACGGGAAGACCACAACAGGGAGGUGGAUAAGAUAAUCAUACCUCCUGAGUCUCCUCUUCCACAGAGGAAGGUGAUUCCACCUCCCCAGUCUCCCCCGAUCGCUCGCCCCCCUCCCCCUGCUGAAGAACCAAAGCGCCCCCCUCUGGUCAGAUUAGCUCCUGUCCCUGUACCUCCACCCCCACCACCUGCCCCCUCUCCACCUCUAAGAGAACUCACGCCUCCUCCCCAGCCAACACCACCUCCAGUUCCAUCCAAGCCCCCGACCCCUGAACCUGUGGAGGUUCCAGCUCCUUUCCCAAAGCCCAACCCUGCACCCCACCCCACACCCACCCCACCACUUUCCCCUGUGGCCCCACCCAAAGUGCUGGUGUCAGUUGGCUGCCAGACGGAGUAUGACCCGCUCUUCCCUCCACUGCAGAUUAUGUCCCAGGGAAAGGGUCCGCAACCACAGGUUAAUAAACUGGACAACAUGCUGGGCAGUCUUCAGUCUGACCUCCACAAGCUGGGAGUGCAGACAGUUGCUAAGGGAGUGUGUGGCGCCUGCUGCAAACCCAUUGUUGGCCAGGUGGUAACUGCCAUGGGGCGCACAUGGCAUCCAGAGCAUUUUGUGUGCACACACUGCCAGGAGGAGAUUGGUUCCAGAAACUUCUUUGAGAGGGAAGGACAGCCAUACUGCGAGAGAGAUUACCAUCAUUUAUUCUCUCCGCGCUGCUUCUACUGUAACGGACCCAUACUGGAUAAAGUGGUGACAGCGUUAGAUCAAACAUGGCAUCCUGAGCACUUUUUCUGUGCUCAGUGUGGUGCGUUCUUUGGUCCUGAAGGAUUUCAUGAGAAGGAUGGAAAGGCGUACUGUCGUAAAGACUACUUCGACCUCUUUGCUCCUAAAUGUGGAGGCUGCGCUCGUGCCAUCCUGGAGAAUUACAUCUCUGCCCUGAGUGCCCUCUGGCAUCCUGAGUGUUUUGUUUGCAGGGAGUGCUUCACACCCUUCAUCAAUGGCAGUUUCUUCGAGCACGACGGUCAGCCGUACUGUGAGGUUCAUUAUCACGCCCGCCGCGGGUCACUGUGUUCCGGCUGUCAGAAACCCAUCACGGGCCGCUGCAUCACAGCCAUGGGCAAGAAGUUUCAUCCUGAGCAUUUUGUCUGUGCCUUCUGCCUCAAGCAGCUCAAUAAGGGCACCUUCAAAGAGCAGAACGACAAGCCUUACUGCCAGGGCUGCUUCAUCAAGCUCUUCAGCUAGAAAGAUGUUUGACUGACUGAGUGUGUGACUGUAUUUGGUGAAUGGGUGCCGUCAGAAUGAGAAUCCAAACAGCUGAUAAAAACAUCACAAUAAUCUACAGCACUCCGGUCCAUCAGUUAACAUCUGGAGAAGACAAAAGCUGUGUUUUUGUGAGAAAUUGUAACUUUUUAACUGCUCGAUCUGUGCAUUUUUCUCUCCUAAUUUAGACAAGACGGCAUUUUCACUGCAGGAAAGAAGCGUUAUUAUGAUUUGUUUCUUACAAACACAGUUUUUGUCUUCUCCAGAUGUUAACUAAUGGACUGGAGUAGAUUAUUGAUGUUAUUAUCAGCUGUUUGGACUCUCGUUCUGACGGCACCCAUUCACUGCAGAACAUCCAUUUGCUGAGACACUGAUGCAAUGCUACAUUUCUCCAAACCUAAUGAAGAAACUCAUCUACAUCUUGGAUGGCCCGAGGAUGAGCACUCUUUCAGCAUAUUUUCAUUUUUGGGUAACUACUCCUUUAACAGAAAUCAAAGAUGUGAUAUUGUUCAUCUAAAUAGCUGUGACAAUAUUGUGCAAUUCUCAACCCUUGAUUUCAGUAUGAUUGCAAGUGAGUAUCUGUUAUUGUCUUGCUCAUUCUCAGAGAAAAUUUAAGACAAUAUUAUAACUGCUGUAUUAUGAUAUUGUGAAAUACUAUACUAAUUAUUUUCUCUUUAAGAUUAUUAUUUGGGGUUUUUUUUCAGCUUUUCAUUAAAGUCUUAAGUGUCUUUCAAUCUUGUUAAAGGGCGAGUUUUGAAAACUCGUUGUGUUAUGAAGGAGUGACUCGAUGAAGACUUUCUUAUAUUUUUAGAAAUGUGUUGUCACUGGAAAUAGAAGUGAUUUUCAGAUUAGGAAUAUUGAAUAUAAACAGUCCCUGGUGUGAUUGCAAAUUGCAAAUAUGAUAUGUUGGAUUCAUUGGACAAAUACACCAGCAAGUGUUUAAUACAUGAAAGCUUUUAUAUGACCCAAUGUGCCAGAGAUCUGUACAUGUCAUUCUGUGUCAUCCGCUGUUGAGACGACACUACUUUGAAAGUAGAAGACACUUGUUUUGAUUUGAUUCACUUUGAAUAUUCCUUCUUUGAUAACUCAAUUGUGAAAAUCUGUCGCUGUUUUGUUUUGCUCCUAAUCGCUAUGUGUCAAAAAAUAUAUACAGUAUAAUCUAGGGAUCAUAUGAUAUCCUUAUGUGUUUUAAUUACACAUUUACACUGGUCCAAUGUUGUGCCUUUUGUUUAUUUUGAAAUUUUCUAUCUUAUAAAUUGAUCUGACGCUUUUCUAUUUCUGUUCAUAAAUCAUUAUAUUAGUGUCCAUUUUCAAAUAUUAUCAUUUACUUAAUGUGAAAACAGCUAUGCAUAAUUUUUUUUUCUCUCUCUUGUAACACUGUCACAUCUUGUUCUGUGAGUAUUGGCUACUGUUUCAAUUCAUGCAGUUAUAUACAAAUAAAUUUGGUGGUUUAAUGCACUGAA